CUCGCAGUCAGCCGCAUGGGCAAGUGGAAUAUGCCGUGGGCCUCGUGGGUUGCUAGAUGGUUCGCCAGAUCUAAAAACAAGAAAUAGGUUUAAUGCCCAUGAGCGAAUGCUUCGCUUCCAAUCGAGCAACCAUAUAGCAUUACCAACCCAAGACACCCAUUGAGCAAACUACAAUGGAUCCUUUCGAUCAUCCAAUGACUGAGUGUCUUCCCGAGUCCGAAAAUGCGCCCAAGUCUCAACAGCCAGGUCCCGAAAUUGUCAUCGUGAACAAGUUGGAAACGAUGUUGCACACAAGUUUCUCCUUAAUUUCGGAUCGCUUGGACAAUUUCGCGAAUGAGAUCAAGGGGCUUCCAACCAAGACCGUAAUACUCCUGCGUACGAAAGGCGACGUAAACAAAGAGGACCCUUCAUACCCAUCCGACCAGGAACAUCGAGCACAGAUUACCCGUAGGGAUAGUCAGUUCGAUCACUUUUCGACGCAACAGCAGCAGUGGCAGCAAGAUAUCAAUGAUUUGAAGAGGCAAAACAGCAAUUUGGCUACUACCCUGGAGCAGAAAGAAGCCGAGCUCAAUACAGCCACGGCCAACGUGAGCAGGCUGCGACAAAAAGAAUCCCAGUUUCGCAAAAUGAUCCUAGAAAAGGCAGGCACUCAAAAAGUGAGCGACCAAGAAGUAAAGGACAAAUUCCUCGGCCUUCGUCAGCGUUCCCAAGCUAUAGCAAAUGGCAAUUAUUUUGACUUGGGCCGAAUAGUAAAACCCAAGGACGAGCAAUAUCUCUUCAGCACCAAACUAUGGGCUGAUCUUCCUCCGACUGACCGGAAAAAUCGUCUGAAUGCCGAGAUAUAUAUGAUCCUGCACAAAUAUAUCUUGGAUGCCAAGUGCUUCGGUUUGGAUGGUUGCUUUUACGGCAAGAAGAAAUUUCCACGUCACCUUGAAUCAGACUUAAGUGACUUUGAGACGUAUCUCGAGGAGAUGCAAGUCGAUGACCAACUAAUUCAGCGUUGGAGAUUUGCAACGAUUGAUUGUGCAAAUAGACUUGACAACGCAUCUGCGACUGUUCGACGCAUUGUAGAUAAGAUCGCCAAGUUCUGCGAGCCCGUAGUUAUCCGGAACGACCGCGCAAGGGACACUUUCAAACAAGAGCUUACGCUGCUAUGCAAAGACGCAUUCGAUUUGAGAAUGAUUCUGCGCAGAUCAGAGGAUGGCUAUCGUUGUGAAGUUGUCCCAUCGGCGCCAGAUCGAGCAUAUCUAGUCUCUAAUUGGGACUACUUAGUUGAACCACAGGGUGUGGAGGAAGGGAAAAACAACCAAGCCAGCGAUGAAAUUGCGUAUACUUUGUUUGGAGCUCUCACGAAACUUAGGGGAGAUGGGGAGGAAGGAAGACGAGUCCUAGAGAAAGCCUUAGUGAUCUUAAAAAGGCGCAGAUUGACUUAAACAACAGCCGUACUAACUAUAAACAUUACGAAUCAUGAUUGUAGUAACAUGUUUUCAGC